AUGACUUUUGAAGAUGGUGCAGUGUGUACUGUUCUCAAUGAUUCCAGGUACUGAAGGAAAAGAUAAUUGAACAAAAAAGUUUUAAAAAAGCAAUGAGUCUAUCGGUAUAGGAAGCAUGAGUAUUAUUAAGUCUCCCAUCAAGUUUUUGCUCCCUAGAAAAAGCUAAUGGACCUAAUGAUAAGGUGGUAAUGAAUGUCGGUGAAGCAGACUUGGUUAUUCCCAACCACUAAAGUUUCAAUUAUUGAAAAUCCGCCAUAUCGAGGGGCUGCCCGCACGCUCACUUGGAAAUGCGCCUGCACUUAUGAGAAGCGGUAUAUGAUAAAUAUCCACCACCUUUCCUUUGUAACUGUCUUUGUUUUCUCUUUACCAAAAGAAUGAACGGCAACUGUUUCAUCUACAACGUUAAGUUCACUGGGGUGAACUUUCCUCUCAAUGGGCCUGUUAUGCAAAAGAGGACACAGGGCUGGGAACCGAACACUGAGCGUCUCUACGCACGUGAUGGGAUGCUGAUAGGAAACAACUUUAUGGCUCUGAGGUUGGAAGGUGGUGGUCAUUAUACGUGUGAAUUCAGAAGUACUUACAAGUAA